AUUCCUAUUGUUUUUAACGCAGGAAAGGGCCGUUGCAAGGGGGAAUUCCUUGUCGGUUUUACUUUCAGUUUUAGUUAGGCUCUGUGCCUUACCAGACCCGGUAAGGGGAGUGUGGGGGUGUACGUAUGAGGUAGUUUCAAGUAGUUACUGAGACGUGCAGAGAUCAGAGCUAAAGAGAAGGACACAAUUUUGGGACUCUCUUAUUUCAGAGUCCUCGUCUCUGUCCAUUUCUGUGGUGGUUUGUGUUUCUUUCUCGCCCUUGGAGGCUGCAGAGGACAAAGCAUCCACAUACAUGCACAAAACACGCAUCUGAGAACCGAUGUCUAUUGAAAGUGUGACGUCUACAGGGGUCGGUAAUUCCACAGGAAAUGGAGGAGAAUCCACAGUUACAUUUGAAAAUGUAAAAGUCUAGAAAGAAAGUCACCGUCUCAAGAUGCAGCCCCAGAUGGAGGAUAUGGAUCUCCAGAGGGCCAUAGCAAAUGCUCAGCCACAGCUGGUGGAGUCCCUGAGUCAUGCCCCUGAGUGGCUGCUUAUGAAAGCCAAAUGUUUCCUCCCUCACAUGGACCUGAGUCACAUGGAUGGGAUCACUGACUGCAAAGAAAAGGUCUUGUGGCUCCUUGACACACUUGAGAAUGCAGGACCGAUCAUUUGGAAGCAGUUUAUCCAGUGUGUCUGCAUGGAAUGCAGCCUCCCCAUGGACCUGGAGAUACAGCUCAUGAGUGCCUCAGGAGAAGGUAAUUUAAACCAGAAACAAGAAGCCUUUGCAGAAGCAAGUACUCAGUCUUCUUCUCCACCUACAGGACCUGUAAGACGUCGUCAUGGAAGCAAUUCUCAUCCCAAUGGUAAAAAGUCUAAACAGCAACCAUUAGACUCAGCUGAAAGGUACCGGCAUCUCAUCAUUGCAUCAGUGUCUCAAAGGUAUGGAAAUGAGAGAGCAGCAGGAGCAGCUGUCUUGGGACAAGCCCAGCCACCUGCUUUCAGCCAAGCCUUCAUCAACCUAGUCAUCCGGCAGAGUAAAGCUUCCAGACUAAAGGAGAGAGCAGAUAAACCCAGGGAGGACUCGGCAGGCAUGCAGGAAGCAGAGGAAUGUGUGGACACGGCUGUGAAGGUCUCAGACCUGUUUGAAAGUGUCGUUAGUUUGGGUUCCACCAGGGUUAUCCUUUUGUUUGGCAAACCAGGAAUGGGAAAGACCAUGCUGAUGCAUCGGCUUUGCCAGAAGUGGGCAGAAGGAGCUUUGCCUCAAUUUCUGUUUACUUUUCUCUUUGAGUUUAGGCAGCUGAAUCUGAUCAGCAGAAAGCUGACUUUAAAGGAGCUUUUGUUUGAUUUGGUCCUUCAGCCAGAAGAUAGCCCUGAUGCAGUAUUUCAGCACCUGCUGAAGAACGCCCAGCGCAUGUUGUUCAUCUUUGAUGGGCUGGAUGAAUUUGUGGGGAACAUAGACCAGCCAGCCUCGUCUUGUGUAAGCCCUGCCUUCCACAGGCCUAUGUCCAUAUCUGAGCUGUUUGCCAAUUUCUGCUUUGGAAGACUUCUCCCUGGGUGCACGGUGCUGGUCACCAGUCGGCCUAAGAAAUUACCCGACUUUCUAUUAAGCAGAGCAGAUCUGCUGGCAGAAAUUUGGGGAUUUGACCACGAGAAAGUUGAAGAGUACGCCAGCCACUAUUUCCACCAACAUUCCUUCAAAGAGCAGGCCAUUGCUCACCUGAAAAACAACAGCAAGCUUCUGAGCAUGUGCUUGAUCCCUGCCUUGUGCUGCAUUGUCUGCGUCUGUUUGGAAUAUUUGCUGAGGAAGCGUUUGUCAAAGGUGGAGCUUCCUCAGACCAUGACCCAAUUUUAUAUCAAAAUGCUCCUCAUCUUUAUAAGUAAACAGCAGACAGAGGGCACUGUGAGUGAAGACACGCAGCUGAAACACCACAGGACGGCCAUUUUGGGUCUGUGUGACCUUGCACUGAAAGGCCUGGAAGAGAAGAAGAUAGUGUUUUACGUUGAUGAUAUCCCAGAGCAUGUGAAAGAGUUUGCUUCCCUACAUGGGUUGCUGACCGUCUUUGAGGUGAAGAGGAGUGACAGCCUCCCAGAGGCCGGCCAUGCCUUUGUGCACUUGAGUCUUCAGGAGUUCUUUGCUGCGCUGAACUUGAUGAUAAAUAACGCAGUCGACGGAAAUUACCUGAAGAAAAAGUUCUCUUUGAAGUCAAAGUGGACUUUAAAAAAUGAAGCCAGGACCGAAUUCAUGGAGAAUUUUCACAUCUUUCUCUCAGGCCUCUCAUCGAAAGCAUGUAGGACGUUCCUCACCCAGUUAGCUGAACGAAAUCAGGUGUGGGUGCGGGACAAGCAAGCCGCCAUUUUGCAGUCAUUGAAGAAGCUGGCAGCUACUAAUCUAACGGGGCCCAAGAUAAUUGAGCUCUGCCAUUGUACUUAUGAAACACAAGACCUUGAAUUAGCCCAACAUGUCGGGAGCCAGUUAAAUUUCAAGUAUGAAUUUAGAAACUUUAGAUUGACGCCUCUAGAUGUUUCAGCUUUGGUUUUCAUCAUUAACUGUGGCCGAGAUUUGACUCACUUGGAUUUUGCAGGCUGUCCCAUGGAAUUAGAUUGUUUGGAGGUUCUAGCGAGCUGUAAAAAUAUAGAGCAUCUGAGCUUUAGGAGCAGGAAAUUUGGUGACGAAUUUGCAGCUGCUCUUUCCAAAAGCUUACCGAAGAUCAAGAGUCUGAAGAAACUAGAGUUAACCGGUGGUAGUAUCACUGCGCUGGGACUAACUGGCCUGGCACAAGUCUUUCCAAACUGCCUUCAACUUGAAGAAAUAAACUUGCAGGACAAUCGACUGAGGGACCAAGACAUGGGGAAGGUGAUUGAAAUGCUUUCCAGAGUGGAAAAGUUAAAGAUGAUUGAUUUAAGCCAUAAUGAUAUUUCGGUGAAGUCUGUUCUUACUUUGGCGAAGGGAGCCACUACCUGUCCAAAUAUUACUGAACUACAUAUAAGGAAGGACACCAUCAUGAUAUAUUUUUCUGGCCAGUCCAGAAGAGUCCUCAGAUCAUCUAAUUUGAGGAGAAGGGAACAUAAAAAGGAAAAUGCUGCUCAAAUAAGAAAUUUGAAGUUACGGUUACAGGAUUGCAGCCUCAAUUCACAACAUGCACGGGAGAUCGCUGCUCUUCUCAGGGGCUCCGCCCACUUCUCGGAAGUGGAUUUAUCAGGUAACCAACUUGGUGAUGAAGGCUGCAGAGAGCUGGCGGAGAGUCUCCCUGAAGCACAUAUUUCCAAGCGGUUGGAUGUCAGUAACAACCAGAUAUCUGUGGAUGGUGUUUGCUGUCUGUUGGAUGCCGUGAACACCUGCUUGAAUGUGGUGGAGUUUGAAGCCAGCCUUCAUCAUCAGACUGCAAUCCUGAAGUUUAUAGGAGAUAGAGAAUUUGCCUCUACCCAUUCCAGGGAUACCUCUCGUAGUGAAGACCAGUCCGGUGGAGGUGAGAGCCAGAAGUCUGUGGUCUCAAGGAAAAUAAGGCUGACAGACAGUGGUUUUCCCACCGGAGAUCUGGACAAGUUGUGCACUGUGUUGAAGAAAUGUAGCGGCGUAUCAGAGUUCGAUUUGUCAAAUAACUCUCUGGGAGACCAGGGAGUCGGGAAGCUGGUUGGACUCCUUCCGGAGCUGAAGGCAGUGAAUUCCCUGAAGCUGAGUGGCAAUCAGAUAUCGUUGAGUGCUGUGUUUGGCUUAGCUCAGUGUUUAUCGGCCCUGGAACUCAUUAAAUCAAUAGACAUUAGCCUAGGAAACACUCAGUCGGUCCAUUUAACCUUCUGGGAAAGUGUCAGGAACAGCACUACCAGAUCUGCAGGAAAGUUCCCGGCUCAUCCCCAACAUUUAGAGAACGACUAUUGCUUUCGUCUUAGGGAAUGCACUGUGAGUCCCGAGGACAUGGACACGCUCUGCCAGAUCCUUGGAAAAUGCACUGGACUAACAGAACUUGAAUUAUCUAGAAACGCACUGAGUGAUCAAAGCAUUGAAAGGCUGCUAAUAUCCCUACCACGUUUACACAGUCUGAAGCUACUGAGUAUUAGGAAUAACAAGUUUUCACCAAAUUGCACUCUCUUACUGGCCAACUCUCUCAACCUGUGUGAGCGAAUCAGAGAAGUAGAAGUCAGGUCAAGUGAAAAUGCUUUUUUGCAUUUAGCGGGGAAGAUAGAAAGCCAAGAAACUUCCUGCAGGCUAACUGACUGCAGCAUCGGUCAGAACGAGGUUGAGGAACUCUGCCGAAUCCUUGAACAAUGUGGUCAUCUUGCAGAACUGGAUCUGUCUGGGAAUCAGCUCGGCAACGAGGGGCUGAGAUGCCUCUUGGAUCGUUUGCUCCAGGUGCACGUUUCCCGCUUGCUGAACCUCAGCCAUAACAAAAUAUCUCAGGAUGGAGUUCUGCAUCUAAUUAACACCCUCUCCACAUGCAGAAAUGUAACAGAAGUUCAAGUCAGUUUGUGCUCCAAGGCAACAUCACUCAUCAAGUUCACAAGAGAAGAUGAACCAAGGAAGAUUUUGAGACUAACGGAGUGCAACUUUCAAACAGAACACCUACCAAAGCUGUUCUCUCUACUGCAAAAGUGCACCAACCUGACGGAGUACAUAUCAACAAACAACAACAUGACAACCAGGGCGGUGGAAGAUCUAUUGCAGGCAGUGAGGAAAAAUCUGGGAACGCUGAGAAUAAGCAUUGAAGAGCAAUGGGUGCGGAAUGAAAGUAUCACUAGCCUUCUGCAGAUGGCUGUCCACCCCCACUGGAAUGUUACGGAGAUCACCAAGGUCUGGGCCUGUGGUGUAUUGUCAUCUUCAUCUUCUCCUAGGAUAUCGAAAGACAAAGGUCUCCUUCGAGUGGGCGUGGGGUUCCCCCAUCGAAUGGAGAAGAUGGAGUCUGUGGUUAGCAGGUUGAAUCAGUACAGGCUGGAAGCGAAGCAUAUUCACUUUCUCCAGAAAUGCACGCAGCUUCAGGAACUGAGCUGGUCUUGUGUUGAUCUCAACAAUGCUGAAGAGGCGAUGCUAGCCAGCAUGCUUCUGACUCUUCCAGCGCUGAGGAAGUUUGAGCUGAUGUCCAGCAGUGUUACACCAAGCGGAAUGGGACACCUGGUUGCAGGGUUGCAGCAAUGCCAUGCUAUUGAAGAACUUAACCUCGGCUCCCUGGGACUCGAUGACACGGCCAUUCUCAUGCUGGUGCCAGGACUUCACAAAAUGCCUUUGCUGAAAAGACUCCUUCUGAACAAUAACAAUAUUGGUAGUGAAGGCUGCUCCCACCUGGCUGAAGCUCUGAAGAAUGCUCCUCAUAUGGAAGAAAUCAAUUUAAGCCAUAACAAGAUUGAACGUGCUGGUCUGGAAAAAAUAGCCAUGCUCCUGCCGGAAAUGCAAAAUAUAAAGAGAGUCGACCUGUCGUCGAACAGCAUUGGCCCAGCUGGAGGGGAGAUGCUCGCAGAGGUGCUGGGUCGCUGCAGGCAUCUUGAGGAGUUAUUAUUAGCCAGGAACCAUGUCGGAGACAAGACGGCAGCGAGACUCUCCCUCUCUCUGCCUAGCAUGUGCCACUUGAAGAUCCUUCAUCUGCAGUCCAAUAACAUUGGUUCACUUGGAGGAACACCGCUGGCCAAAGGCCUGGUGGAAUGCCAGCAGCUAGAAGAGAUAAGUUUGUCAGAGAACAGCUUUGGGGACGGCGCCAUCCGCACCCUGUCAGAGGGGCUUCCACGAUUCACCCGGCUCAGGAAGAUUGAACUGAAACUCUGUGGAAUCAGCGAUGGCGUUUCCAGACAUCUUGCCCUCGGCUUCAGUCGUUGUCCUGUCAUUGAAGAGAUCAUAUUGUCAUGGAACAGCCUUGGUGAUGAAGGUGCCCUGGAGCUGGCCACGGUUCUCCCGAGAAUGGCAAGGCUGAGGAUGCUAGAUCUGGACAAUAACCGCAUUGCAGCCCGGGGUGCCAGAAAGCUAGCGGAGGAACUCGUCAAGUGUUGUGGAAUCCAAGUCAUACGGCUUUGGAACAAUCCAGUACCCAAGAACAUUGAAGAAAGUCUUACGAAGCAAGAUGCAAGAUUGCACUUCUCAUUCUUUUAAUAAAGGAAGAACAUUCAAUGAAUAAGAGCUGAUUUGGUAGGCUAGGUAAGCCAGGUAACACUACUGCUAUCCUGGUGAAUUGCACUGGAAAGGAGCCUUGAGAAAUAGAGAAAGCAGAAUUCUAAAAAUAAAUAUUGUAAGCAUGUGGCAUUCUAGCCCUGCUCUUAGAACACAGAGGUUUUCUUUAUCUUUAACUCUGACUAUUAUAUAAACCUCAAACUAAGCUUCCUCCUGAGUUUGGUUAUUCUGAGGUUGCUCGCUGCAAGACCUCUCUGUUCCUGGCCUUAGUUCCCUUCUACCUCAAAGAGAGAUUUAAUCUUUUAGACUCCUGGGUUGAAGCCAGUAAGAUCCACUGGAUCUGGCAGUCAGGGUGAGUCAGAAGAAUAGCUCUGUAUUGUUACACAGGACCAUAACAUCUCAGACCAGGGUGAGUCAGAAGAACUCUGCAUCUCGGUGUGGGGAGCUAGGACCUAACACCCUAUUGCAAAUACUCUCCAAUGUGGUGUUUGAAUGUGGUGUAUGUUUCCCUCAGAUCAGUAUCAUUUCUAAGGCUGGGCAAAAUGUUCACAACAAACCGAUGACUGCUUGGCAUUUUGUUUUGAUUCUGCACACUACUAUGUGAACGUCAGCUUAUUGUCAACAAACAGAGAUCAAUCUUCACAUCUGGAUCGCGUAAAAAUCAAGUUUCAAUGAGAAAAUAGCCGUUUCAUAAUGAGCAGAGUCUGGAGGCUGCAAAAUGACAUAGAACAAAAUUAUAAAUUCUGCAUGAGAGGUAUUUCAGGGUCGGGGCAGGAGAAAGAGAUUCCCUAUUUUCAUAUUGCUUUAACUGUUUCACUGGGCUUGGAAUGCUAAAUGGGGCCCUAUAUUUGAAAUUGCACUAACCUGUUUGAGGUGAAGGGGUGUGUGCGUGGUUUUUGAUGAAAUGCUGCAAUUGCUACAGGGGCCCAAUCCUGCAAUCUGAUCUGCAUGAGCAUGUAGUCAAAGGGUCUGCCCAGGCAUAUCCAGUUGCAGGAUAGGAGCCAUGCUGAGCACCGUAUUUAUACCCAUUCAUUGCAAUGUGGGUGACUUGUACGUUUGGUACUGUAAAUAUUUAAUCUCUGGAAUGGGUUUAUUUAUCGACUUGUUUACAGCAGUGGUUUGGAUUGGGAGCUGCAGUCUGGGGUAUUUAAAAGUAGUAUUUUUCAACAAGAACGAGUGCUGCUAAGUGAAGAGCACAUGUACUGCUGGUUCCCACUAUUCCAUGAAGUGUGAUUGUUUUUAUUGAAAGAUCAGUGUUAAGUUUCCCAAGGUACAUAUUUGGUUUUGAUUUAUACAACUCAUUUGGUUACAGAAUGGUUAUACUUUGAAAGGGGAUGGAGCAGGGGAGCCCAAAGUCACCAGUGAGCUUCCAUAUUUAGGUCCAAAUUCAGUAAGGCACUUGAGCCUGUGUGACUUGAGCAUGUGAUCAAAGUUAAGCCCGUGCUUUGGUGGCUCUGGGUUGUAUUUCCUUUCCAUGUUUACAGUUGUCAUUUACUUAGUUUACAAGUGAAAAUAGGAUUUUUCUAACUGCCAGCCUAGCAAACUGCAGCUGGCUGGCUCCGGGGACUUGCUGUGGCUACUGAAACCCAGAAGCAUCUGUGAGUUUGAGUUCUUCCCUUAGCAGGUUUCUGAGAACAUGUGUGGGACACAUUCUUGUUCUCUGCCUUCAUGGUCUCCUCUCAGAAGUGUAGGCGUUCAGAUGAGCUGAUUCUAAUGGUCCCUUCUGGCCUGAGAAUCUAUGACGCUCAGGCUGGGAACCUAAAAGUCAAGUGGGUUUCUUCCAGCAUUGGCCGUGUUGUGCACUGAAUUGUGGUCAUAGUUUUGUCACCGUCAAACACAGCUAUUGCAGAAGUUCUGUGCUUUUAUCACUCACUCAGUAAAACAAAAAUUCUAAAAACAAAUUGUAGCACUUGUGAAAAACAGAUUUCUUUGCCUGUUUUAUGAUUGUAUUGAUAACACUGUAACUUCUCCAUUUGGACAUGGUGAGAUCCUACUCCAGUUCAUUUUCCUCUUUCAUUGGUUGGAAACAUUCACCGUCGUAUAUAUUUGUAUGCAUUUUAAUGAGUGCAUAUGUGUGAUUAUUGAAUAAAUAAGAGUGCCUGGGAUUCUGAAA